UAUGCGCGGCUCCUUGGACACAGCGGAUCACCGAUCCAAGGAAAGAGCCGAAGAUGUCGGCUCGGUCAUGUGAUCAGCUGUGUCCAAUCACAGCUGAUCACAUGGGACAUGUACACUGAGAUCAGACCACUGAUGAUCAGUGUGCCCUGAUGAUCAGUGUAGCCCCAGCAGUGCCACCUGUCAGUGUCCAUCAGUGCCAGCUGUCAGUGCCUCAUCAGUGCUACGUGCCAGUGCCCAUCAGUGCCACACCAAUGCCACAUAUCAGUGCUUACCAGUGCACAUUAAUGCCAAAUAUCAGUGCCUAUCUGAGCUGCCUUUCAGUGUCACAAAUCAGUGCCAGCCAGUGCCACCUAUCAAUGCCAAUCAGUGCCACCUAUCAGUGCUGCCAAUCAGUG